AUGGAGAGGGAAAACCAACCAGCGAUGAGAAGCUCCCAGCUAUGGGUUCUACAGCCUUGGAGGGAGCGACGAGAGUUGGAGUCUGAGCUGGGCAGGCACUGGAUGGACCUAGAGAUGGGGGAUAAAAGGAUCCAGGAGGAGGAGGAAGAGCAGCCUCUGAGCCUCCUUCCUGCCCCAAAGGGCUGGGGCCAAGGCCAAGUGAUCAAGGCCAUAUGGAGAGGCCAGCUGGGCCUCAUGAAGCAGUUGCUGAGGCAGGGGGCCUGCAUCAAUGAGAGGGAUCCAGCGGGCCGGACCCCGCUCCAUCAUGCAGUGGUGAGUGGCCACAUCCCUCUUAUCCGGUUCCUGGUCCAGCAUGGGGCUGCAGUGGACGCAACAGAUGAGGAGAUGGUCACUCCUCUGCACUGGGCUGUCUGGCAGGGGCAGAGCCAGGUGGCUGAGCUGCUGCUGCAGCGAGGGGCACCAGCUUCAGCCCGGAGUCGACGAGGCCUCACAUCGCUGCAUUUGGCAGCCACCCUGGGACACUCGCUGUUGGUCCAGCGACUGCUUGCCCAUGGCCUGGAUGCUACCAGCGAGGACAUUCAUGGGUGGACGGCACUGCACUGGGCAGCUGCAGGGAACCAGCUUUCUGUGGUAGAGCUUUUGAGCUGUCAGGGCAUCUCGCUGGACAUCAGCUGUUCGGGAGGCCCCUGCCCUGUGCAUGUGGCAGCGGAGACUGGGAGAAGAGAGACGCUACGGUUCCUUCUGAUCCAGGGAGCACAUGUCAAUGCCCAAGACAGCACGGGGGCAACAGCCCUCACCAUUGCCUCGGACCUGGGGGACCAGGAGGUUGUAAAGCUGCUCUUGAACCAUGGUGCCGAUGGGAACCUUCCAGACCAACAUGGCCGCUCUCCCCUUCACCGGACAGCUGCUGCUGGCCACCUUCCUGUGGCCCAGCUACUAGUGGAGAGAGGAGCUCUGGUGGAUGCCCAAGAUGGACUACAUCUCACGCCCCUGCACCAUGCAGCCUUGAGAGGAGACACUAUGGUUGCCAGCUACCUCCUGGACCAAGGAGCAGAGGUCAAUGCUGCCGGUUGGCUCCGCAAGACCCCUUUGCACUUGGCCAUUGAGAAGGGUCAUUGCUCUAUGGCAGAACUUUUACUAAGGCGGGGGGCUAGCCCCAGCCUGCGGACACAGUGGCUGGAGACCGCAGAAGACCUUGCUGCCCCAGGCAGUCCUCUGAAGACUCUCUGUUUCUUUCAGAAAGGCCAAGAGGAGAGAUGCGAGGCUGGGCAGGGCUCAGACCCCUCCAUGUAGACAUCCAAACUGGAGGUUUGAGUGGUACUGUGCUACUGGCUAGCUUUGUGACCUUAGGAUCACAGGACUUCUGGGAAAGCCCUCAGAAAUUACCUGACCGAACUGUCUUCUUUUAUAGAUGCCCACAGUACAGGAAUUUGUUCAAGAUCGCAUGGGUGGUGAGCGGAGUUGGCGCCUAAGCCUGGGUACUCAUCUGUCAAGUGGGAAUGAUACUUGCUUCACCUAACAGCAUUACUGUGAGCAGAGUAAACCCUACAGUGAUACACAAAAUAGCAGUU